AUGGCUGAAAACUCUCCUCUCCAAGCUACUCCCAAUUCUGGCCAGAACAGUUCUGGCGAUACCCAGAAAGCUAUGUCUCAGCAUGAAGGUAGUGGCAUUGGCCCUUCCAGCAACGAUACCACCUCUGCUCAUCCUGCCAAAGCAGAGCCAAAUGUCCAACAGAACGGAACCUCUACUCCAUCCACGGACUCUGCUACCAAGACUACAGACCAACGAGCCUACAACGUCCCGAAAUUCAGCACCUCCACUGAGAAAGAGAUUCGUGACUUGAUGAACAGUGUUCGUCUCGGCCCGGUCCAUGAAGGUGACACGAUCACUGUGAAAGACUUCAGAAAUCUUGGACUCCUCACUACAAACCUGGUUCAACUCAUGAAUGCAGAAUACAUCGCCAAAGAUACCAUUGUACGUGCCAUUGCCUACAUGAGAGGAGAAAGUCAACUUCCACCUCGACGUGCUCUAGGUCAAGCACAGAGAGAUCGUCGAGCUGCUCGUCACAAUCAGAACGGUGGACAUAGUGGAUACAAACCCCAGGACAAGUCUGAGCAGGGCAACUCAGGAACCUCGCAUGCCACUGGUACCAGUCCCGUUGAGAACGGCAAUCACAAGGAACCUGAGCAGGCGAGCACCUAUUUGUCUUCAGCUGGUUUCAAACCUGAAGCUCUGUCGUCGGGCCCAGGGCACAACGACAAGACAGCCAGGAACGGUACAAGCUCCGAGAAAGAUAACAAUGCUCCUGCUGGGGAUGCUCAGACCAAUAAGGCUGGUGCGUUUGCCGCAAAGGAAAAGAAGAAGCGAUACUGGAAGGCCCGUAGACAGGCAGGAAAGCGAAUCGUUUAUGACUCUCAUUCCAAAAACAGUGCAAUUCCCACCGUCGAGGAUGGUGCAGAGGUUACGAUCAAGGAUGGGGAAGUGGUGACGGUCAAGAAUGGUGAAGGAGCGGCAGUGAAGAAAGACACAGGUGUUCCAGUCGAAACCGGAAAUGAGUCGAACAGCAACACCACUGAGAAAGCGAAGAGUUCCGAUGGCAAGACUGGGUCAGCUGAUCAGGAAGCUCCUGAAGACGUUUCUGUCCAGGCAUGA